AAGCAGCCGCGACGCCAUUUGCUGCGGCCGAGCGUGGGCGCAGGCGGAUCUCGGAAGAACUAGAUCUCGAGACUGCCGCGCACGCGACCCGGCCUCUCGCGCCUGCUUGAUACUGCGCGGUCCCACGCGUCGCCCCUCUCGCCGCUUGAAGGAGUCGCCACCACCGCUGCCGCCGCCCAGAUAGCAGUCAGAGACGCCGCGAGGCCGCCGUCUCCGCCAUGCCCAAGAAUAAAGGUAAAGGAGGUAAAAAUAGACGUAGGGGUAAGAAUGAGAACGAAUCUGAAAAAAGAGAGCUGGUGUUCAAAGAAGAUGGACAAGAGUAUGCACAAGUAAUCAAAAUGUUGGGAAAUGGGCGACUAGAAGCGAUGUGUUUUGACGGUGUAAAGAGAUUGUGUCACAUCCGAGGGAAAUUGAGAAAAAAGGUUUGGAUAAAUACCUCAGACAUUAUAUUGGUUGGUCUACGAGACUACCAGGAUAAUAAAGCUGAUGUAAUUUUAAAAUACAAUGCAGAUGAAGCGAGAAGUCUGAAGGCAUAUGGCGAGCUUCCAGAACAUGCUAAAAUCAAUGAAACUGAUACAUUUGGUCCUGGAGAUGACGAUGAAAUCCAGUUUGAUGACAUUGGAGAUGAUGAUGAAGACAUUGAUGAUAUCUAAACUGAACUCAACAUUUGACAUUCCAGUUUCUCUGAGGGAUUGUUCAACAAUUUGGAUUUUGACUGUGACCUGUUGAAGAUUAAAACUCCAUUAAUUUGAGUGUAGUUUGUUAAAGCAGACUGAUUUGUUUCUAAGGUAUUUCUUUAAAAACUGGUAGUGCUGAAUUGAAGGAAUUGUUAAGCCCACUUUGGUUUUUGUUGUAAUGGGGCUUAUGGGGUAUAAAAGAGCACACCUAUUUUGAAAAAGAGGGAAAGAUGCAGUAAUUACCUUUCCUACUUUGACCACUUCCAGUAAGAUUGUUCAUGAUUAAGCCCUAGUUUUCACUAGCCUGUUGACUGUACCGUGACUUUGUGUAUGUUCUAGUUACCUAGGUGUUCCCAUAAGAUUUCCUUAAAAUUUAAGGAAGACCAGAAGAGUCUGCAUUUGAAGGCAAAAAUGAUUAGGUCUGUUUUUCAUAUUUAAGUAGCAUGUGGCUAUUUUUAUACUAAUUUUGAUAUCAUGUACAUUCUUUUCAGGAUCUUUUUUUGCCAGUAAAACAUAUCAACAAAAAGGCAUUUAUUUCCAAAAUGCAGUUUUUUGAAGCUGGGUUUUAAUAGCAAUUUUGAAUUGGUUAGUAAUUGCAGAAAUUGAACACUAGGUGGCAUCCAGUUAUCUUAACAUUGGAAAUACUGAUACAGUUGUCUACUUUUUUUUUUUUUACUUAACUGUGCAUAGGAUGUUUUCCAACAAAGAAAAGAUUGUUUUGAUCAUGUGCAUGGAUGUAGAAUAUUUUUACAGAACAAAAAGAUUAUGUUGUGUCAUUUUAUUUUCAGAAGUCAUAUACAUGUAAGCUACAAUUUUUAUAAACACUUAAAUUAUGUGUAAAUGAAACUUCAUAACAACUUAUCCAAAUUAAGCCUUUUUCAAGCUAUCCCUAAACUGGAGAAAGAGGAGGGAAUAACGACCUACUGAAAAGAUGGUUUCCAAUUUCUGAAUGGAAGAGCUACAACAGAGAAAUAUAAUAAAGACAAUGUCAUGCUGGAGAGUAUAUUAUACCCUUUGUGUUUAGGAUGUAUUUUAUUGUGUGUACAGAUUUUUUUUGCUUGUAUCUUAAUGGGAGUUUAGAUUGACCUUUCCUUAUUUAGUUUUUCGUUAUCACCUCUGGUAAAAUGAAACUAAGGACUGGACUAGUUAGACCUCACUAGCCACGUUGAAAUUGUGUGCAACUUGAAAAGAACAGAUCCAUCAGGUAGCUUGUGAAGCUUUGAUUCUACUGGUCUCCAGAGAACUUUUCAGUGAUAAAAAGUAAUACCAAGGGGACUAAAACUUCACGUGGCUUCCAAACAACAAGCAAAUCUUUUUUCAUCCCACACUUAGUAUAACUUCCUAAGUGUACAAACUCUGGAAUUGAAAUCCAAGGUUCUUUAAAAAAAUUGUUAAAAGAUUAGACAUUAAAAGUGGACAAUUGCGGUUCAUGUUUCUUAUUUGGCUUUCCUGAACACUUACCUAGAAGGAAUGCAUCUGAGACCAUGGGCUGGUUUUUAAUACAAGAAACCAGCCUCUAAGAAUUGACUUAAUGAUUAUCUCCAUCAGUACUCAACCUCCUAGGACCUUUAGGCUGCCGUACAUGAAAGCGUUUUGCUAAAUCCUUCCACGUUAUUUUACCGAGAAUGUUUUAACUCUGCGUCUGUGAUACAGUUUACGGUAGGGGUAGUGCAACUCAAACAUUAGUUUUUCUACUUAACUCCAAUAAAUAUGAGUGAUCUAAAGAUUCUUUAAAAAUUACAACAAUGGCCCGAAUUCAUGUGUUAGACAGUGAUUUUUUCCCCCCCUUGGUAGUAACAGCUCAAUACAGUGCUGUUGCAUCCUGGAAAAUCUCAAAUCGUAAUUAAAUUAAUUGGGGUAAAGUUGUAUGUAGCUCAUAUGCAAUGCUACUUGGAGAAGUUAUUUUACUAACUUGUCUUUAAUAUGGAAAUUGUAUAGUUUCAUCGAUUUGAUUAUAUUUCAAAUGAGGAAUGGAAGUGGUCCUUAAAAUUUUUUUUUGUUUUUUGGGGCUUGGGCGUUUUUUUUGUUUAAUUGGUUUUGAUUAUACUCUUUGAUUCCUAAAAUACAAUGCUCUAAGGUGUGCCCUGAAAGAAAAUAAAAUGUUUGAAAUCCAAGAAUAAUGGUUCUUACUGCUAAGAGGGUGUAGUUAUAACUAAUGACUUUGAUAGGCUUGCAUUUUUCAUGUAGUGUUUAUUGCACUUCCAGUUAUAGUAUAAGUAUGUUGUAUUACUAAGGUGACUAAAGAACCAAACCAAGUGUUUGUGUAAAAAAAAAAAAAGACUUGCCAAAAUUUAUUUGACUGUUGAAUCUUUCUUGAACAUUCAGCCUCUUAAAGAGACCACCUUUUAAGGUGCCCAUAAACUAUGCAUGAUGAAAAUUCUUGUAUUUUAUUAAGGAAUAGCCAUUGGAUUACUCAGCACAUCUGUGAUAUCAUGGCUAUAAAUGUAGUUGCUUACAAAAUUCUUUGUGACGUGUAGUUUAAUUGAAUGUCAUCUAUCUUGUAAAUAUUAAGUUAUAGGAUGUUGAAUAACACCUUUAAUAAAUAUAAACUGUCAGUAUUGACUUCAGAGCAAAUGAGGAAUCAUAUAGGUAAAAGCAUGUUUCAAAUACAAUACCUGGCUGGAUUUGUACUUGAUUUGAAUUGUGUACAGAUUUAACAACAUCCAGUAUUAACUGUGGCUUGACAGUAUAUCCAAAUGAAAGGUUCUUUAUGUUACCUGACUGUCGUAAAGAUAAAGAAGGUUUGUAUUGGUAUGAGAUGUGUUUAGAUCUUAUCCUGCUUAGGAAGGGGAAGUUCCACUUAUACUGUUUGGAUUCCCAUGAACUUUUACACACCAGAUUGUGUUUUUGAUUUUCUUUAAACUUACCAUCCUUUUUAUCCAUACUCUCUUCCUAUUCAGGAAAGAACAAAACCUGACUUAAGGCUUGCUACAAGUGUGCUAAGACACUAGCCUCUCAGGUAUAGUUAGAGUGAAGCGGGGGAUUUGGAGAGUUGGUUGGACCGGAUCCUCUCUUCCCCUCGGCUGCCAGGUACUUAGAAGGCAGUGCGAUGGAGAGUGAAGAGCCUGGGCCCUGGCGUCCCAGGGCCUGUCGCAGCCUCCACUCUGCAGGUGACCACGGGCACCUUCUCCAGCCUGUCUAAGCUUCAGGCCCCUCGCCUGUAAGAUGGGAAUGCUGAGAACAGUAACUGUUCUCUGAUUCUCUGAAUCAGAGUUGUUGGGAGGAUUGAUAAUUGAUGUGUUCAUAUAUACAAUGCACUGAGAGCAGUGUCCGCCGCUUUUCACUAGACGCCCAGGAUUCCGUAUGAUAGAAUAUGCACGUCUCUUAUAUUCUCUACUCACCAUUUCUUUGACUUGUAGUCUUUGGUUCCUAUAAUAAAAAGAAAUGUGUAGAAUAUAUAUUUGUAUAUUCAUGUCGACAAGAUAUUUAGAAUAAUUGCUGCCACCCUCAUUUAAUUCAGCAUAAGACUAACAGAUGGAACUUGCUUGAAGAUGUUUUGCAAAAUGCCAACUGCUCUAUAGUUAGAGGAAGUUUAUAGUUAUUAACAUUGGUAGCUCUGGUUAUAUUUCAUUCUUAAGUCUUUAAUAUUACUCUUUACAUCCUUUAUUAUAGAUUCAUGAAAGCUAAUUAGUACUGAUGGAUUUGGAGGUUUCCUUUCCCAUCUUUUGGAAUUAUGUAAAAAAAUCAUGCAAAAUACAGCAAUUAGAAAAUAAAAUACGAAAUAACUUUCAACA